UGUAGGCUUCCGAUCGAGAUCAGUAAAGUAGAGAAUUUAACUUGAUUUCCUUUACCCCAACAUGGAACAGGUAAGAGGCCAGAAGGAUAAUAAAAACUAAUUAUAAUAUAUAAUCCUAAUAACCCCACUUGAUUGAUUGUGACUUUUCCUGUGUCUUUUAUAGCUCAACCCUUCCUUCUCUUAAUUCCGUUCCUUGAUCUCUCUCUCUCUCUCUCUCUCUCCUCCAUCGUUUUCACACACAUUCCUCUCUCCCUCUCCCUCUCCCUCUCCCUCUCCCUCUCACCCAGCCCCCUCUCUUCCUCUAGCCUCAUCAACAGCUCUCCGAGAAGAAGAAGAAGAAGGAGGCGGCGGCUCGAAUACCGCAGUUGCAUUUGAGUUUAGGAUAUGGGGAGGCACUCCUGUUGCUAUAAACAGAAGCUAAGGAAGGGUCUGUGGUCUCCAGAGGAGGACGAGAAGCUCUUCAACCACAUCACCAAGUACGGCCAUGGUUGUUGGAGCUCCGUCCCUAAACAAGCAGGUCUUCAGAGGUGCGGGAAGAGCUGCAGGCUUAGGUGGAUAAACUACCUGAGGCCUGAUUUAAAGAGGGGGACGUUCUCAGAGCAGGAAGAGAACCUCAUUAUCGAACUCCAUGCCGUCCUGGGCAACAGGUGGUCUCAGAUUGCGGCGCAAUUGCCUGGAAGGACGGACAACGAAAUCAAGAACCUAUGGAAUUCCAGCAUUAAGAAGAAGCUGAGGCAGCGAGGAAUCGACCCCGUCACCCACAAACCCCUCUCCGAGACCGAGGCCCGGGAAUCCAAACUGCUUGCUGACAGCAGCGACACGGCCUCGGUUUCCGAACCAACUCCGCCGCUGAUGCCAAUCGAGAGCCCAAGAUCAAAGAAUUCAGUUACACCCACCAAAGAACUAUUUCUGGACCGCUACACGGCCGCCGCCAACAAUGGUGGCGCUGAUUCAUUGGGCUACCUCCCUCUCCCCCAGCUCACUUACAGUCCCGAAUACGGGCUCGGACCGCCGACCAACCAAAACCCGUCUCUGUGGUUCAGCCAGAACUCCAGACUUGUCGGUAUGAAUCAGGAGUUAAAUUCAACCGCGCUGCCUAGCACGGGUCCUUCCACUUCAACCUCAAAGCUGCCGGCUCAUCUCCCUUCGGACGGCUCUCCAGCAGGAUUCCAUUACUGGGAGGCCGGCAAAUCUAGCAAUAACAGCACUAGCAGCGGCAACAGUGGGAGCGGGAUUGAAUUGCAGAGCGAUACUUCUCUCUUCGACGGAGGCAUCUUUCAGUGGAUGGACCUCUGUUCGUAUAAAGAGGCUCAAUUCCAUCUUCAAGGCGAACCUGAAGACCUUAAAUGGUCAGAAUUCCUGAACAGCUCGAUUCAGGCUCCGGCAACCGUACAAAACCAAAGCCAAGCCAUCAUGUACGGCGAGAUUAAGGAGGAAAGCCAGUUCACCGUCGACGACGGGCUGAGCACUUGGCACAACUACCAACGUCGACAACACCAGCUGCAAGAUUCUGAUGUCCAUGGUAAGGAUAUCCACAAACUUACCGCCGCCUUUGAACAGGUUUAAUUUACUGAAGUCGCGUGUUACUAGUCUACUACAUGAUGAUGGUAGAUAAAAAGACAGAGGUGAAGACGAGGGAAGCUGGCAUUUUUUUUUUGAAAGUCCAAAUCGAAAUGAGGGAGGCUUCUUCUAAAGAGUUUUUAUAUAUAGGAGCAUCAUGCUAUAAACUAUGUUUCGCUCGCUCGCUCGUGUACAUGGGCGGCCUCAUGAUACACAGAACCUUCAGCUCUUCUGUCGGAUGGGACUCGCUGCAGAAUAAAGCUUCUUCAAAUGAUGUGUUUUUCUUCUCCUUUUUUCCCCCCCAUUACCCUUUUCAUUUAUUUGUAACUUAAAAGAUUGCCAUUAUCUUGUAAUCAAUCACAGUCGUUCCCCUUUUUCCUUUACUUUCCUUUUUUUUUCCUUC